GCUGCGAAAUUUAAGAAGAAGAAAAGAAACUUCUUUCUUUACUCAUCUUUCCUCACAUUCCACCCUUUUUAUUUAUUUAUUUAUUUAUUCAAAAAUUAUUUAUCUCUUAAUCUCUUUUUCCAUAACCACAAAAUCAAAGCUCCAAAACCCUAGAAUUUGGGGGAAGAUGGAGGGCAAGCGUGAUGAUGUUGAUCGAACGGAGAGUAGCGAUUACACAUCGGAUGACGAAGGAACCGAGGACUACCGCCGCGGUGGCUACCACGCCGUUCGAGUCGGCGACGCCUUUAAGAGUGGUCGAUAUGUCGUUCAGAGUAAGCUUGGUUGGGGACAUUUCUCUACUGUUUGGCUCGCCUGGGAUACUCAGCAAUCUAGAUAUGUAGCUUUGAAAGUGCAAAAGAGUGCUGCUCAUUACACCGAGGCUGCGAUGGAUGAGAUAAGUAUCUUGAAACAAAUUGCAGAAGGAGACCCAGAAGACCAAAAAUGUGUGGUGAAGCUUUUGGACCAUUUUAAGCAUUCAGGUCCAAACGGACAGCAUGUUUGUAUGGUUUUCGAGUACUUGGGUGAUAACUUGUUGACACUUAUUAAGUACUCUGAUUACGGAGGUUUGCCUUUACAUAUGGUUAAGGAGAUAUGUUAUCAUAUUCUGGUGGGAUUGGAUUACUUGCACAGACAGCUUUCUAUUAUACACACCGAUUUGAAACCAGAAAAUAUACUGUUGGUGUCAACUAUAGACCCGUCUAAGGAUCCUAGAAAAUCAGGUAAUCUUCCUAUUCUUCUGAAUAGUAUAGAUAGUAUGAUUGCAAUGGAUUCUGGGGUUGGAAAAGAUUCAAAGAUAUCAAAUGGGGAUUUGACUAGGAAUCACAAGAAUAAUAUUAGAAGAAAAGCUAAGCAAGCAGCUCAGGGUUGUGCAGACAAAGAAGUAUUAGGGGAAGCUGAUAGUGACCCGGUAACAUCUGAUGCAGGAGAGCCAUCUACCAAUGCAAAGUUGAAUGCGGAUUCAGUGGAAGACCAUCCUACUAAUUCUGUUAACGUGAAUAAUAGAUCAUCAGAUGCUGAUGGGACAAAGGGCUCAGGCUCAGGUUCUGAAAAUCAGGGCAAUCGGAGAGGAAGUCGCUCAACAAGAAAAAAGCUUUUGGCUUCAGCUGACCUAAAGUGCAAAUUGGUUGACUUUGGGAAUGCUUGUUGGACUUAUAAACAGUUCACGAAUGAUAUUCAAACAAGACAGUAUAGGUGCCCGGAGGUGAUCUUAGGAUCUAAAUAUUCUACUUCAGCGGAUCUUUGGUCUUUUGCAUGCAUUUGUUUUGAACUUGCAACUGGUGAUGUGCUCUUUGAUCCUCACAGUGGCGAUAACUUUGAUAGAGAUGAGGACCACUUAGCACUGAUGAUGGAGCUUCUUGGAAUGAUGCCCCGGAAGAUUGCUUUAGGAGGUCGUUACUCUCGUGAUUACUUUAACAGAUAUGGUGAUUUGCGGCAUAUUCGUCGCUUGCGCUUUUGGCCCCUGAACAAGGUUCUAACAGAGAAAUACGAGUUCAGUGAGCAAGAUGCAAAUGACAUGACAGAAUUCCUGGUUCCCAUCCUUGAUUUUGUUCCUCAGAAGCGACCAACUGCGGCCCAAUUGCUUCUCCAUCCAUGGAUCAAUGCAGGCCCUCGUCUCUUGGAACCAUCUAUUACUAUUACCUCUGAUGGAAAUCAAGCUGAAGAUAGUGCCAUCAUUGAUGAUAAGAAAAGGGAAAAUGAUGAAAGAGAGGCAAUGGAGGUUGGAAUGGGCAAGAUUGCCAUUAGUUCGGAUUCUAAACCAGUGAAGGACGCCUCGUCUAUUGUUAAACCCUCCAUGCCAGCAGCAGCUACGAGUAGUUCAUAUAGGUAAAAAACUAGCUUACUUAUAUAUGAAUUGAUCUUGCUUCUCUCUUCAUAUAGUUGUCUAAAGUAGCUGCUUGUGUCUGGAAGAACAUGAUAUCCUUAGUUGGAUUGAUUUUGGGAGUUGGGUAUAUACUGGUGCUAAAUUAAAAUGAAGAAAUUGCUCUUGACAAAUCUUAUUUUCUCUCUUAUUGUGAGAGAAUUCUCUUGGCACAUUUAAGCUUAUACUGUACACCUACUAUAUGCUAAUAACAAUGAAAUGCGGGCUUUGCUACA